AUGGAGCCAAGUUUUAUUGUUGUAAAAGAAGCUAAUGGUCCAUUAAAACCACCAAGAGGAGUUACACGAUACCCUAAUUUCGGAAUGAAUGCCUACGAAAUUUGUUGGCAAAUCAAUCUUAAAAACAUUUACAAUAACAAUAACUUUUCAAGGUCAAAAUUUGAAAAAAUGUUUUCAUGUGUGAUCACAAAAAAUGUUCUGCAAAUUAUUCGAUCUACAAGUCAUCCGCGGGAGAUCUACAGGGGUCGUUAUUUAGUGUUAAGAUUAGAGAUGACGGUAAAUAGUACUAGUCAUAAUUAUCAACAUACAAAAGCAAGUUAUCAAUUUAUACAUAAUAUACAUAAUAAUUAUCUUAAAGAAAUGAAUGAAACGCAAGAAACAUUAAAAUUUAAAAUUAAAGAGCAGGGUGAAAAAAUCCGAUUAUUAAAAACUCAAGAUGUUGAUAAAACUUUAAUAGAUACAGAAUUGGAAGUUUUGUCUGAUUUAAAAAAUCAAUUAUCUUCUUUAGCUGGAGAGAGUUCUAAAAAUAAAAAUAAACAUGCUUUUACACUUAAAACACCAAAGGGUACAAGAGAUUAUAAUGAAAAAGAAAUGUCAAUUAGAGAUAAAAUCUUUUCAACUAUUAUUUCAACUUUUAAAAAACAUGGUGCGGUUACAAUUGAUACUCCAGUUUUUGAGUUAAAAGAAAUUUUAUCUGGUAAAUAUGGUGAAGAUAGUAAAUUGAUAUUUGACUUAGAAGAUCAAGGUGGAGAACUUUGUUCAUUACGUUAUGAUCUAACUGUGCCUUUUGCUCGUUUUUUGGCAAUUAAUGGAUCACAAUAUCAAAAUUUUAAAAGAUAUCAAAUUGCUAAAGUUUAUCGUAGAGACCAGCCUGCUAUGACCAAAGGUCGUAUGCGUGAAUUUUAUCAAUGUGAUUUUGAUGUGGCAGGAAGUUUUGACCCAAUGAUAGCUGAUUCAGAAGUUAUAAAAAUUAUGUGUGAAUGUUUAACAGCUUUGGAAAUUGGUGAAUAUAAAGUCAAGAUUAAUCACCGUAAGAUUUUGGAUGGAAUAUUUCAAAUCUGUGGUGUAGAAGAAUCAAAAAUCAGACCUAUUUCAUCUGCAGUUGAUAAGUUAGACAAGUUACCAUGGGAAGAAGUCAAAAAAGAAAUGGUUGAAGAGAAAGCCUUAGAUCCAAUUGUUGCUGAGAAAAUAGGAGAAUAUGUUAGACUUAAAGAGUAUUAUGUUAUUUUUAUCGAUGAUUCUGACGAGACAAUAGAGGCUUUUACUCUUAGCAGCAGUACCAAUUCUACUAUUAAUUUCUCUUCAAUUGCAAUGACAACUGUUAAUAGCACUUCUUCAAUUGGAACAACAACACCACCAGCUGGUGAUUUCAAGAUUCAUCAACAUAAUCGUCAAUCAUCUUAUCAUGAAAUUCCAUAUAAACAAACAGAAGUCAAUUCACAAACUAACGUAAAGCUUGAUAACAUAAUUAAUCAGUGA